UCUUCCUUACUGUUGUAGAACAAGAACAGAGAUACAACCCAAAAUGGAAACUCAAAAGCUGCAGAAAAAACAGUGUGAUGUGAGAACAGAUCUGAACUUACUGCUUGAAUGCCUUAAAUAUCAGAUGGACUGCCCUGUAUCUCAGAAAGAGGCUUUGAUCACUAUUUACUCAAUUUGUCAACAAAACAGUGAAGCAAGCGAGUAUUUUCAAGAAAUUGGUGGUUUGAUGUUUAUAAGUGAUCUUGCAAAGUCAAGUGUUCAUUGCAUAGUAAAGGAAGCAGCUUUAUUUACAUUAGGAAUUAUAAUAGAGAGUAAUGUUUAUUGUCAACAAACUUUGUGUACUUCUGCAUUGUUUGAAGACCUCAUUUUAUUUUUAAUUAAUAAGGAUUCUGGUGUGAACCUGAAAAGAAUGUCUGUUUAUGUCAUCUUGGUACUGGUUUCAAAUAAUAAAAGUGGGCAAACCUAUGUCAGAGAUACAGGCUGCAUUGGUCUUCUGCUGCAGUUAUUCAGAACAACUCUUUCCACCUCUGAGAUUAAUUUGUCAGAUGAAAAUACUAAUCAGUGCUAUCAGCUGUGGUCUUCAGUCUGCAGUACUCUCUGUGCCUGUGUUAACAAUCCUCAGAAUGAAGAUAAUCAAAACAUUUGCUGUUCAGUUUUUCCGUAUGCCAAAGAGUGGCUCGAAAGUUGCACGGAGCCUGAGAUAGUUCGUCCUAUUUGUUCAUUCGUUGGUCUCACAGUUGCAAAUAACUCAUAUGUGCAGAAAUAUUUUGUUUCUGUUGGAGGACUGGAUACAUUAGCUAAAGUUCUCAUCAAGCUUAUGCAUGAUUCCUGUAUGAGUCACUCAAGCACAAAACUUGCAGUAGUAGUAACAAAGACUCUGGAUGCCUGCAUUGCUAAUGACUCUGCCAUGGGUGUUGUCUUGACAAAGUAUCACGCUGUGUCAGAGCUACUGAAGCUGCUGUCGGAUGACACUCUGGAUACAGGAGAUAAAAUUAGUGUUAUUCUAACAAUUGGACACUGUACUGAAGUUUGUGAAGAAAACCAGUGUGAACUGCUCCAGAACAAUGGUCUUCCACUUAUGAUUCAGGUAUUAACCGAGUCUCAGGAUGAGGAACUAAACAAAGCUGCUACUUUUGUGCUGCAAAACUGCAAACAAAUGACUGAACAAUUGUCCCUGAAAAUAAAUGAUAAUUCAUUAAAUGUGAACAAUGCAGAAGAGUUGGAUAUGCCAGUCAGAAAAAGAAGUCUACAAGACUACUGGAAGAAAGCAAAAGAAAUUUUGGACAGAAUAAACUUGAUGGAAAAAGAACAUGAUGAGGAAAGAGUGCAAGGAAGAGUACUUGUAGACAGAUCUUCAGAAUCCAAUAUGGAAGCAUCAAAAUACCAUGAAGUGAAUCCUGCUGAUCUAAAAGCUUACACAGAAAGAACACAUAAAGUGCAUUGUCUGCAGUUGGCAUCUAAGUCAGAUGAUAAGGUUCUUGCUUCAUCUGUAAUUUCUUCUCCAGUGAAGAGUAAAAUACUGAACACUAUGGGUCCAGUAAAUGCUUUUACUAGACAAAGUAAACACAUUAAUAUUCCAUGCUCAGUGAAUGAACUGCAAACAGACAGCGUACUUCAAAGUCACAGUAUGAAUGAAAAAACUGCUUGUGUAAAAAAUCAGUCUAUUCUUCAACUAAGUGAAGACUUAUUUAAACAACCAGCAGAGAUUGUCAAAAAUAUGAAACAGACAUGCACAUCAGAUCAACAUUUGUUCUACUCGGAGAUAACCAAGGAAGCAAAAAGUACUUCAACUACAUCUGCAUCCCAUGAAAUGGCAGACUUAAGGUGUUUAGGCUGUAGAGCAGGAGGGCUAUUGUUCAAUAGUAAAACCUUUACCAAGAUGUUGCAAAAUUGUCCAUACCAGUGUGACCGUCACAAAGUAAUUCUGGAAGCUGAAGAAAGAUAUAAAAAGGAACUUCGCAAACUGGCUGUUUGUAACAACAGUAGAUACGUAACUCCUGAGAAAACACUGCUGACCCCAGUGAAGAAAGAAAGACUGCAUACAGAAAUAUCAACUUUUAGGAGCAAAAAGGAUAUUUUCCAGAGUAUUCUUUUGACUCCAGUUAGAAAAAACAAAUCUAAUAUUUCAAGUAGAGACGAACAUAGUAAAAAUACUAGGUUGGCUGACGACUAUAACUUGAUACCUACAUAUAAGACCUUUUUCCAGAAAAACCAAGAUGCUAACUUAAAGAGACAAAGAGUCAAAGAAAUGUGCAGCCAGGAAUGUCAGCGCUUAAAAGGAAACUGCAAAUAUUUACUUGACAAAGAUGAGAACAAUGACAUAAGUUUCCUGGGCAUGAACACAAGAACUUUAGAGAAGAGAAGAACACGAAAAGAUUUUACGACUGAAGAAAUUAACUGUCUUUUGAGUGGAGUAAAAACCAUGGGUAAUCACUGGAAUGUAAUUUUGUGGUCUUAUCCAUUUCAGAAAGGACGGACAAGUGUUGAUCUUUCCAAGAAAUACCACAGGUUACUGUUAAGCAAGAAAAAAUGCAAAGAUCAUCAAUAAUAUCUUUCAAGAGGAUUUUGGAUUUUGUUGCAGAAUGUUGAAGAAUAGCAUUCCUAACUGAGGUAUUGUCACAACAGUAUGAACCCUUGAAGAAUUUAGAUUUCUUGGACUCAUAUUUUCGGAUGAUAACAUUCACUGACAGUUAUGUUUUGUAAAUUUAAAUUGCAUGUAAUCUGAUAAGAGUUGUUUGAGUUUUUUUUAAGAAUACUAACAUAGCUAACAAAAUCUUCAGCAGUAAAAUUUAAGGAUGUUUUUUACCUUAAUUUAACCUUGAACAUUUGAUUUAUGUAACAUUUGAUUUGGCUUUUUGUUUGAAUCUUUUUAUAAUUUGCUUUAUCAUUUGUAAGAAAAGGCUAUAUUACUAAAAUUAAUAUUUUAUGUCAGAAACUGCUGAGGUUAAUGUUGUGUCUGAAUUUUUUUCCUCUUAAUCAGUGAAAUGUUUAAAGCAGGUGAAAUAUUUUUCAUGUGUUUAAUGUGCUGUAUGUGUAAAAAAAUUACAUUUGACAGAAAACACCAAAUGUACGGUUAAACACUGCUGCAUAUAGUAGGCAAAUCUUAGAUUGGUACCUAAAUUGAAAUAGAAAGUUGUGGAAAUGUCAGAACUUCUUGGUAGAGGUUUUAGUGUGGUUCAGCUGCAGUAUUUCUUGACUGAUAUUAAUGGCUGGACCUACCCAAAGUACUUCAAUGUUGAACUAAGUGGCAUGCAUGUACUCGUGACAUUUGGUUUCUGUUUACAGUUGAAUAUUUUUUAAUGUAUUAUUCAAGUCAGUGACCAGAACCACCGUUUCUGCUAAUUACACAAUUUCUAUAGAAAGCUUUAGUGAAAACCUUAGUAAAUUGAUUUUUCAGUGAUAGCCUUUGUAUUUAUUUUGUAUUUUUUUAUCUAUUUUGAUAAAGGAAUGAUUAAUUAAUUAAUUCAUUGUGGAAAAAGUUUAGUUACCUUAUUGGCACUAGGUUUGCACUAUGAUGUAGCUUAAAUGCUCAAAACCGAGCAAGAUAACAAAAAACUGAAAGACUUGCAGUAAAGUGAUGCCAAUGACAUAAUAAAUAGGUCUUCUAAUA